AUGGUGUUCGAGGUUCCUGAUGUUCCUGUAGAAAGAUACUACAAUACCCAUGAGCCUCAGCGGCUGUUACCUCAGAGCUAUGAGAGUAUGAGAGCCUUUGACUGUGUGACAGGGUGUCCGCCAGCAGGGGGCGCUCUAAGACGAGAGUGAGACAGACGCUAACACAGAGGGUCAAAGGUCAGACUCCUCUGUUGACCAGCAGGGGGCGUCGUGCUGCUGGAUCUGAUCUGAACAUCAUAAAUAUACAGUAAAUAUUAAAGUCGGAAUAAAAGCGAAUCAUGUACGAAUCUGUGAUAUCGUCAACAUUAAAUCUAAUAACCAUGGUUGUCAUGGUAACAUGAAAACAACACUAAAGGGCGUCAUGUGGUCGGUCCAUCCUAACAGAAGUGAGACGACGUGGAUCAGCUGAUGAGUCGCUCUGGGAGGUGAAGUUCGUUAAGAUCUUUAGUUUUGAUCAGUGAUCAGCUGCUGUCAGAAGAGUCAGAGAUGAUUGAUUGAUUGAUUGAUUGAUUCCUGUUUUAACACUAUCAGUUUAUAUCAAAGUGACUUUAUUACUUCUUUAUUUUAGUGAAACACUUUCACAGCUUUAAUCCUCUAAUAUUAACUCUUUAAAUCCAGUUUUUUUCAGGAGUCUAAAACCUGAUUUUUGGGUUUUGGUCUCGGGUUAAUUUAAGCCCCGCCCUCUGAAAUGCAGCGCUCUGAUUGGCUGAAUCUGUGGUUGUGAUCAGGGUUGUUUCUGUUACUGACUCUUCUGUGAAGGUGUAAAACUGCACAUUACUGCUUUUUAUCGUUCAAUAGAAGAAGAUAUUUUUCAUGUAUUAAAAGAGAAAUAUGCUGAAAGGGCUGAGCUGUCCUCCUGAGUCUCAUUUUUAUAAUUAUUAUUAUUUUUAUUAUUACCACUUUUUUAACGUGUUUGAGAGACACUACAGCAGCAGCAGCACAGAGGACAGUGAAACAGAGGAAGGUUCAGCUGUCCUGGUGUUAAAAUAAAGAAGAGAAUAAUGAGAGAAAUGAGGAAUAUAAAAGAGUCAAACGGCUCCAUCACCUCAGACUGAGAGGUUCAGGAGAACUUCAAAAUAAAUCAAAACACUGAACAGGUUUAAGAAAAACAGACUGACCGUCGAUCAGAAAAUGUACAUUUAUUUAAAGAACUGAGAAAAAAACAAUAAAAAAAAAACUUACUCUAUUUUCAAACCUUUAUUUCAGCUCUUCAACAAUGACAAAAACGUGUUAUCGAACACGGGGAAACUACAAUCAUCUCAGAGGAAUCAGGAGUUUGAAAAAGAAAAACAAAAAGAUAAUAUUAGGAAUUAAGUACAAUAAUUCAUCUUUAUAAUGUUUGAUCCAGUUCACCUUAAAGACGGCGUUAGAUGAAUGAAAAUCCAGCAUAUUUUGACCUCCUUUACACUCUGGAUGACAUGAAACAUUUCUGUCUAAGCAGAGAGAUUCGUUUUUACAUAGAAAGUUAAAUUAUCUUUUUUUUUCAUCUACUUUGACCAGACCGGACGGUCCUUCAGUUUUAGAUAAAUUAAUUUAUUACUUUUUUAAUAUUGAUUAAUAAUUCUCCUAAUCCACCUGACGACGGGCUGACGUAGCCCCGUGCGUCACCGAACAGUCAACAUGGCGGCUGUCCUCCUCCCGGAUGAUCGCACCUGUCCGCGCGGAGGAUGAGAGCGGAGCGGACAGAGAUCCAGAGAGAGCCCGACCUCAGCGCUCCUCUGCCGGCCUGAGGGCUUCGAGCCCCGGCAUGACGCUCCGGAGGAUCCCGCUGUCUGUUCGCCGAAGAGGAGGAGCCGCAGCGGGGAUCACCGAGGAGCAGCGCUGACGGGACAACCGGAGAGGUGAGGGAACGGUCAACGGCGACCGGAGACAGCAGCGGAAGUACCGGGGCUCCUUCAAAAUAAAAGCUCCGAUAAUUAAUCUGAGGAGUUGACAUUAAAAUGAGAAUUUGUGAUCUAAUAAUAACCAUAUUAAUUACUAAACACCGGAAAUCUGUGGGAUUACCUUCAAAAUAAAUCCAAAGACCUUCAAAAUAAAGUUCCUGUCCGGCUCUUCUCUCCAUAGAGUCACGUGGCGUGGACGUCAGACUGAGAUGGAGGACAGAGAUGAUCCCUCCUAUUCACCUGUGUCCUCACUACACCUGCAUCAGCGUCAUCGUAGCCCCUCCCCCUCUGGUGAUGUCAUCAGCAGGGGUCACCUGCAGGUCACAUGUUCAGGAGAAGGUGAGGAGGUGAGGGCGUCAGAGAGAGAGGAGCCCCUCACCUGUAAGCUCUGCCCCCGGACAGAUGAUGUGCUGCCAAUCAAAUGUCAUUGUGAUGUCAGAGAGGCAGGUGAGGAUCAGUGGGCGGGGCUUAGUCGAACAGAUGAUGUCACAGAAGCAGUCAGGACCAAUCAGAACUCUUCAUCCUGCACCAAGGAGUCAAAGGUCAACAGCUGUCACAGACCAGUUACUGCAGGUUCCUGUGGGGGCGGAGCUUCAGGUGGAGCUGACCUUCACCUG